AUGGCAAGCCUAAAUCUACGUACUUCAGCGCAAGCCGCGAUUGUGCGCAUUGGAAAACUGACAGAAGCAGCUACUUACGAUCCGGACAGCAUUGAGUGCGAUGUGAUUCGCGGACAGUUGGAUAAACAUUUCGAGAGGUUCAUGGAGUAUCAUACUGACUUGGUUUCCUCAGCACAAGCCAGUGAAUUGACCACGCAUGACGAAUUCCUGGCUGCAACAGAAUUGCUGUACACACAAAUAUGUAUUCGACUACGCCGGAUAUGUGGCGCAAGUGCAGGUGAUAAUCGUGUAACGAAUCAAUUGGACAUGCGAUUAGAUCCAAUUAAGAUUCCUGUGUUCAAUGGUGAUCCAGCGAAUUGGCUGCCUUUUAAGGAUUUGUUUGAGGCACUGGUUCAUAAUCGUACAGAUCUGGAUUCUAGUUACAAGUUGAGUAAGUUACGCCAACAUGUAAAUGCAGACAGCGUACCAUUGGUUGGCGGAUUAUAUACAGGCGGCUACGAAGACAUGUGGCAGGAAUUGAAACGGCGUUUUGAUAAUCCACGUUUGUUGGUUGAAUCUCACGUGCAGCGUAUCCUGGAUUUGCCCAACCAACCCGUCGAAUCCCAGAAGUGCUUGCUCCGACUAGUAGACACCGUGCAAAAUGUGAUGCGAGCCUAA